AUGGAGCAGGAGCGCGAGCCGACGUCUCCCUUCCACAACAAGACUUCGUCUUUGGAGCGGCUGGGGGAGGAAGAUGAUGAGGACGAGGAUGACGACUUGGACAUCUUCGGAGGUUACGACAGCUUCCGCAGCUACAACAGCAGCAUGGACAGUGACAGUAGCUCGUGUCUGGAUGAGUCUAGUGAUGAGGAGGUGGACCAGGAAGUUGGAGAGCUUCCUGCCUCCCCUCUGCACCAGCACCUGCCAUCCACGGGCCGAAUGACAGAGGACAGUGGCUCUGAGCCAGCCGUGUGUGAGAUGUGUGGGAUCGUGGGCACCAGGGAGGCUUUCUUCUCCAAGACCAAACGCUUCUGCAGUGUCUCCUGCUCCAGAAGCUACUCUUCAAACUCCAAAAAGGCCAGCAUCCUCGCUAGGCUGCAGGGGAAGCCACCAACGAAGAAAGCUAAAGUCCUGCACAARGCAGCCUGGUCUGCCAAGAUUGGGGCCUUCCUGCAUUCUCAGGGCACGGGGCAGCUGGCAGAUGGGACGCUGACGGGCCAGGAUGCUCUUGUCCUGGGCUUUGACUGGGGAAAAUACCUGCAGGAACACGGCUUCAAGGCAGCUCCAGUCAGCUGCUUCAAACAUGUGCCACUCUUUGAUCAGUGGGACGAUGUGGUGAAAGGUAUGAAAGUAGAAGUGCUGAACAGCGAUGCCGUGCUCCCCAGCCGAGUGUACUGGAUUGCCUCUGUCAUCCAGACUGCAGGAUACAGGGCCCUUCUACGAUACGAGGGCUUUGAGAACGAUGCCGGCCACGAUUUCUGGUGCAAUUUGGGCACAGUGGAUAUUCAUCCCAUUGGCUGGUGUGCCAUCAACAGCAAAAUCCUGGUGCCACCACAGAGUAUCCAUGCCAAGUACACAGAUUGGAGAGGUUACCUCAUGAAAAAGCUGGUGGGAGCCAGGACCAUCCCUGUGGAUUUCCACAUCAAGAUGGCGGAGAGCAUGAAGUACUCGUUCCGGCAAGGCAUGCGGGUGGAGGUGGUGGACAAGAACCACGUGUCGCGGACACGCAUGGCGGUGGUGGACACGGUCAUCGGGGGCCGGCUGAGGCUCCUCUACGAGGACGGUGACAGCGAUGACGAUUUCUGGUGCCACAUGUGGAGCCCUCUCAUCCAUCCUGUGGGCUGGUCGCGGAGGGUGGGCCACAGCAUGAAGAAGACGGAGGAAAAGCGCAGUGACAUGGCCAACCAUCCCACCUUCCGCAAGAUUUACUGCGACGCCGUCCCCUAUCUCUUCAAAAAGGUACGGGCUGUCUAUGCCGAAGGUGGAUGGUUUGAGGAACGCAUGAAGCUYGAGGCCAUUGACCCCCUCAAUCUGGGCAACAUUUGCGUGGCCACUGUCCGCAAGGUUCUCUUGGAUGGGUAUCUCAUGAUCAGCAUUGAUGGAGCCACAUCUGCAGAUGGCUCUGACUGGUUCUGCUACCAUGCCUCUUCACAUGCCAUCUUCCCUGUCAACUUCUGCCAGAAGAACAACAUUGACCUGACCCCUCCAAAAGGGCAAGAUGCAAAGACCUUCAACUGGGAAAGUUACCUGGAAAAGACAAAGUCAAAACCUGUUCCAGCCCGGCUCUUCAACACGGAUUGCCCGAACCACGGCUUCAAGGCAGGCAUGAAAGUGGAAGCAGUGGACUUGAUGGAGCCGCGGCUCAUCUGCGUGGCCACGGUGAAGCGCGUGGUGCACCGCCUGCUCAGCAUCCACUUCGACGGCUGGGACAGCGAGUACGACCAGUGGGUGGACUGCGAGUCUCCAGACAUUUACCCGGUGGGCUGGUGUGAGCUGACGGGCUACCAGCUUCAACCACCUGUGGCUGCAGAGCCCACAACUCCAGUGAAGGCCAAGGAGGUGCCCAAGAAGAAGAAGAAACCCUAUGGAAAGAAGAGAAAAAAGAUACCUGUCAAAACACGCACCAUGAAGCAGAACGUCAAGAAGCCGCCUGGUCCGAAGACGAAACGAGAGGCGAAAGCUGCCAGCAAAGCUCUGCCGGAGCCRGCCCCCGAUGAGAUCAUUGCUGUGCAGGUGAAAGAAGAAACUAUCGACCCCUCCAUGGAAGAGUACGGAGUUUCAGAGCUUCCUAUUCCUGUCAGCAGCAUAAAGCAGGAGGUCACAGACUGAACCUGGAACGUCCCCCUGCUGCCUUCAGCAGCCUGGGCUUCAUCGUGUCGCCCUGUUGGGGCAGGCCCUGACAAAGUGGAGCAGGAAGCCCAAGGAGCCCACCCUUGUCAAGGCUGAUCACCUGGCAGCGUUGCAGCCCUGCUUUCUGGGCGUGCCAGAGGACUCGUUCCCCUGGAGUUGUUGCUUUACGCCCCGGGGGAGGAGCUCUAGAAGGGCACGAGGCUGACGGACAGACAUGAACGGCACAAGUGCCGAGGCCGCGUGCCUGGCUCCAGAGGCGCCUUCCCGAGCGGGAGAGCCCGGCAGCUGCCGCAGCGCCCGGGGCAGGUUGGGCAUCUGCCGUGGCUGGAAGGGGAGAGCUUCGCUCUGAGAAGCUGGGUGCGAGUCCUGGCAAUCAGGCUUAAGAGCUGCCGUCGCCAAAGGACAUCCUUCC